AGCCUUAUCCGAAACUCGCCUUCGAUAACAAAACUACACCUUCCUUUCCGUUCCCUCCCUCGCCCCAGCCGUUUUUAUUUUCAGUCCAUCGCCUCCGCCGUCAUGUUCGCCGCCUCCGCCUCUUCGCUGCAACAUGUCCGCCAGCCGGCCAAUGCGGGGACCGGUGCUUCAGGGGAGCAAUACAAUCCGACGGCGAAGAUUAAACCAUCUUUCCAAAAGGCGGCAGAUUGUAGUAAUUCAUGCCUUUCCCCCAAAUUAUCAUACUCUGUUCAUUGUCUGAAUCUUCCGAGGAAUUCGGUAAAGGUAUGGGCGGGCAGAAGGAGGAGAAUGAUCCACGAUAAGACGGACACGUACGUGUUUCUGGAGCCAGGGGAGGAUGAGACAUUUGUUAGCGAAGAAGAGCUCAAGGGGAAACUAAAGUGCUAUUUGGAGAACUGGCCGGUGAAGAGCUUGCCGCCGGACCUAGCUAGGUUCGAGGCCAUUGACGAUGCUGUUUCGUUCUUGGUGGGUUCGGCAUGCGAGCUUCAGAUCGAUGGAGACGUUGGCUCACUCCAGUGGUAUCAAGUUCGUUUGGAGUGAUUGAAGUGAAGGAGAUUUGAAUUGAGGUUGGAGCGUCUUUUCUCUGCGGGUGUACGUAUUUUGCAGGUAAAUUAGACGGCCGAAUAUGAUUAGUCCAAAACGAUUUACUUCCGCGAACGCAGAUUCCUUAUCGUUGAUUGUUGAGUGUUGACUGACCGAGUUGGGCUUUCUCUUGUUGACUCCUCACUUCUCAACUUCUCUGUUACGUUCAAACAUUCAAAGCAACAAGUCUAAAACCGAACGUGUUAGUAGGGAACAAAUCAAGGAGGCUUUACAGCAACUAAGUCGACGAUGUUGUUCUUCUCGCGACCAAUAAAUCGAAUAUCAAUGUGGAAGUAGUCGUCAUAGAAUUUUACCAGACACUCUUAUUAAUCACUUUGUCCUUAU